AAGAAAUUCCUUUCUACCAAACAAGCCAUUAAGGGUGGCCCACCUUUGCAUGUUGCCUUUUCGUACAACAAGGAGCGCACCCGGUUGGAUCCAGCUGUAGGCCUGUGAUGAAGCUCUGUUGUCAACCCUCUCUCCACCGGUAUUCGCCGAACCCUAAAUUAGGGCUCACAGUUUGCAGCAGAGAUCGUAAAUUCGCUGAUUUUAUAAAAUCGGUCGGGUAUGGAGGACAAGAAUGGCGUCCCAGAAUUGCCGGCGAAAGAUGUCGACGUAAAUGAAGAAUCGCAGGAGUACGGGAAACGGGGGUGCUGUUUUUGGAUUCCUUGUUUCGGGUUCGCCGGCGGGUCGUCGGUUCGGACUUGGGAGCUUAUCUCGACGUCGGAAAAUCCAAAGGACGAGACGACGAGCAGUUGGUUGUCCAAGAGCGUUGAAGCGGUUAAGAAGGUCCGAGAGUGGUCGGAGGUGGUCGCCGGGCCGAAAUGGAAGACUUUCAUCCGGCGGUUCAACAAGAACCGGUCGAAAACCGGGAAGUUCCAGUACGACCCGUUGAGUUACGCCUUGAACUUCGAUAACGGGCCGGAUCAUAACGGCGAUUGGGAGGAUAGUGUUGCGUACCCUGAUUUCUCGUCGAGAUAUGCGUCGUCGAUGGACUUGGGCAAGAACGCUACUGCGACAUUCACGUGAACCACCAACGUGGGGUUCAAUUGGACGAGAAACGCGGCGGAGAAUUCGGUGGGCCGGUAUAAUCUGACACUGAGCAGUCAGUAGAUUCUGGUCGUAUAGUUAUUUUUGUAUACAAUAAAUUUCAUAGUGAUGGGGUGGUACAACUUACAAGUAGUUGACAGAGGUCUUUUUUUUUUUUUUUAAUUAUUUUUUAUUUAUUUUUAUUGGGGGGGUCUUUUUUCUUUAUUCAUUCGUUAUUUUAGUUUUUCUCAUUGAUGAAAAUUGGAGGCGUGAUACGAAAAUUUGUUUUUAUAGA